UUUAAGUGAAAUUCUGCUUAUUUUCUCUAUUUUAUGCUCAUUGGACGUAUGAAUAAAUCAGAGCUAGUAAUCUUCUUCCUAUUCAUGAGUUUUAUAGGUCCAACCCCGUUGUAUCUUUGAUCAAGUAAAAAAUUUUCAAAAAAAAUUUCAUAUAAUUAAAUUUUUCUUGUAAUUUCCAGAUAGAAACUUGACAAAACCUGAGAUAAUUUUAAGAGUUCUGGUUCAGGAUGAAUAAGGACAGGAGAAUACUGUCUCCCACGCUAUCCCUGGAUUCAGGUUCGGAUGGAGAGGAGAAUAUCCGUAUCUGCAGGAAUCUGCGAACCCAGGAGCAAGUUCUACAAAACAAUAAAUCAGUGUUUUGGCCGGUUCAAUGUCAGUUUCUUCCCGAUAGUAUUGUUCAUGUUGAAGGUCUCCCAAACAAAAUAGAAAUGUUUUAUGAUCCAACAGGGCGGGAGCAGAAAAUCCAACCCCUGGGCGAGGAUUUCGGAAAUGUUGUUUAUAAUUACAACCCUAGAUGUGAUCUCAAGUUUGUUACUAAAACCCUCCUGGGAGAAUCUAAGCUUAAGAACCGGUUGAAAGGGCCUCUACCCAAGGAUAUAGCAGAGGACAGCCUCGUGUUCGAGAGCAGGUUUGAGUCCGGAAACCUGAUGAAAGCUGUGAGAAUCACGGAGAGCUAUUACGAACUGCAUCUUCGUCCUGAUUUGUAUACAACUAAACACUGCCAGUGGUUCUACUUUAGGGUCGGAAACAUGAGAAAGGAUUUUGAAUACAAGUUCUCUAUCGUUAACUUCUCCAAGUCGGACUCACAGUACUCGGUCGGGAUGAAACCCGUCCUCUACUCUACUAAAGAGGCCAAGAGGACAAGGGUAGGUUGGACUAGGACCGGAGAUAAAAUCAGAUAUUAUAAGGACGUCUCUUCAGGGACAGGAGGACCAGGACGGUUUGUUAUGUCCUUCUCCUUGAUGUUUCCGCAUAGUGAGGACGAAGUUUAUCUGGCACAUUGCUAUCCCUAUAGAUACUCUGAUAUGGUUGAGGACCUGGAGAAAAUUAUGAUGGAUCCAAUCCGUUCCAGGUUUUGCUCCAGCAAGGUCCUCUGUCAAACCCUGGCAGGGAACAACGUUCCAUUACUUACUAUAACAAAUCAGGAUUCUCCUAUAGAAGAUAAGAACAAGCAGAUUGUUGUUCUUACCGGCAGGGUACAUCCUGGAGAGAGUCCUAGCUCAUGGGUCAUGCGUGGUGUCCUCCACUAUCUGACAGGGGGAUCAGAGGCCGCCAGGAACCUCAGGAACCUCUUCAUAUUCAAGAUUGUUCCAAUGCUCAAUCCGGACGGAGUUAUUGUUGGGAACACAAGAUGCAACCUUGCUGGCGGGGAUUUGAACAGACAAUAUAAACAAGUUACAAAAGAAGCUUUUCCUACUGUUUUCCAUGUCAAGGAGCUGAUCUCGAAAAUAUUAGAGGAAAGGAAUAUAACCUUGUACUGCGAUUUCCAUGCACAUUCACGGAAGUACAACGUUUUCAUGUACGGUUGUGAAAACAGGAAGAAAAGUCAAAAAUAUUUAAAGGAGCAAAUAUUUCCUCUUCUUCUACAUAAAAAUGCCAAGGAUAGGUUUAACUUCGAGGACUGCAGGAUUAUUAUAUCCCGGUCCAAGGAGUCUACAGGACGGAUUGUAUUCCGUAACCUCGGUAUUCUAAACUCCUAUACUCUCGAGGCAUCGUAUGGAGGAUCUAAUACAGGAAAUAAGGCGUAUAGUCAUUUUACGCCUCGGGACUAUCAGAAUCUUGGAAGAUAUUUUUGUGAGACUAUUCUAGACUUUACUGAUCCUACACCUCCCAAGGAACAACUCAGGUAUAAAGUUCACCUGAAGCUGCAGCGUGGAAAGAGUUCAGCAACUGAACCAACCUCCGUUGAACUCUCCGACUAUUCAAGUCUCUCCUCCAGUGAUAACGACUACACGGAGACAGAUAGUGAGAGCAAUUACUUUCUCUUCUCAAAUAUUAGGAAAACUAUUAGAAGAAGAGUGAGAAGAAAACCUUUGCGUUCACCUUGUAAACAAACUUCAAGUUUAGAAUCAAAGGGACGGGUGAGAAGACAUAUUUCUGAUGGGUUGAGUGAGGAUGAUGAUGAGGAUGAUGAAGAGGAUGAGGAUGGGGAUGAGGAUGGGGAUGAGGAUGAGGAAAGUGAUUACACAAAAUAUUUCCCAGAAUCUGAAGGAAGUAAUGUUUACUCUGCCUCUGCUUGUCAGAAGAUACAUUCAGAUCUUGAAGAAACAGUUAACAAGCUUUAUACCAGUCUUCAUUCCCUUUCAAGACCACAGGAGGUUCAGAACCCUAACCUAGUUAAAAACCUAGAGAUUCUCAGAUCAAAGGUUGAUUCUGGGAAGCCUAGAUCUGGUUCAGUGGACGGUUUACUUUUUGGUCUAAGUCGGAGAAAUCUAAACAAUUUACGAAUACGUGCGGAUAAAGCACUGCAGACUAGUCGACUAGGACAGAAAACACCAAGUAUAGAUGAAGAACCCCCUAGACCAUCCAGUAACCCAGAGAGACAAGGAGAUGAAAGUAAAAUGCUUGAAAAGGAUAAAACUAAAUGGGAUAUUAUCAAGAAAACAAUGUCAGAAGUGCAAACAGAUCAAAGCGAGAGAAGUGUUCGUCAAUCCAGCAAUAGCAGUAGUAGACCUUCAAGCGCUAGAAGAAUAUCGUCUAAAAUAUCCAGAAACCGCAAAGAAAACCUUUCUGGAUCAUCCAUAUCUCCAGACACUGAAAGUCCCAAGGGAUCAAAUUUGAAGAAAAAAUCCCUAAAAGUAAAAACUACUCCAAGCAGUAAAAAAUUAAAGGAUUCAGAGAUAGGCAAAAAGAGUGAAAAAAAGAAAGCUAAAGUAAUUUCAAACAAAAUGCAGAUAAUUAUUAAACCAAAGAUAAAAAUUAAAAAGUUGAAAUUGGAGAAUGAAGAGGAAAAAUCUAAAUCUAUAAUAACUGAAAAGUAGCAUAAUAAGCCCUUUAUUAACUCUCCAUUAUUUUUCUCAUUCAAACAUUUUUAUUUUUUUCAAUUUCUCUUUUUUUAUGUUCACGA